AUGAAGGCGCAACACUCGAAAUGGGAUCCCCGUGGUUGGCGGAAGCGGACAUGGGCAGGAAUUGCAGCAGUCCUGAUCAUCGCUAUAAUUGCCGGAGUGGUCGCAGGAGUGUUGGUCGCCAAGGCCAAUCGAUACCCCGACUAUAGCAAGUUGAGCUACUCGCUAGAGGAUACAUACUCCGGGACGGAUUUCUUUGACAACUUCGAUUAUUUUGAAGGAUAUGAUCCCACCUCUGGUUUCGUGCACUACGUCCCCCAGGCGCGGGCCGAGUCACUCAACCUCACAUAUGCUUCCUCGAGCUCAGCUGUGCUCAGAGUGGAUACGUCGGUCGGCAAUACAUCCAGCCCGGAUGCAUCGACCGGCCGCUUCUCGGUGCGCGUCACUUCCAAGACGCAAUACGACAGUGGGCUCUUCAUCUUCGAUGUCAAGCACACACCGUACGGCUGCGGAACCUGGCCAGCGCUCUGGCUGUCCGACGUGGAUAAUUGGCCAACGAACGGCGAGAUCGAUGUCAUGGAGGCCGUCAACCUGGCGACGGACGGUAACCAAAUGACGCUGCACACGGACAGCGGUUGCGAAAUGAACGUCAAGCGCAAGAUGAGCGGCACGGCGCAGUACACGGACUGCAAAAAUACGACCAACGACAAUGCGGGCUGCGGCGUGUUGGGUUCGACGUCGAGCUACGGCAGCGGAUUCAACUCGGACGGCGGCGGCGUCAUGGCCAUGGAGUGGCGCGACGAGGGCAUCCGCAUGUGGCAGUUUGCUCGCGACAGCAUCCCCUCCGACAUCACCAACAAGAGCCCGGAUCCAAGCUCUUGGGGCACGGCCUCGGCCGACUUUCCCAACACCGACUGCUCCAUUUCGAGCCACUUCACGAACCAGAGCAUCAUCGCCAACAUCGACCUGUGCGGCGACUGGGCCGGCAACGUCUACGCGGACAGCGGGUGCCCGAGCGAUUGUGAGACGUAUGUGGCCAAUUACCCUCAAGCGUUCACCAACGCGUACUGGGAGUUUGGUGCAUUCCAGGUGUAUAAGGCCUCUUCGUCGUCGAGCAAGAGAAGCUUGAUUGCGGAUAUGCUCAAAAUAAGAUGA